CGGCAACAUUUGGAUAUACCUAGCAAUUAUCUCGCACUGCGAUCCGACCGUCAAACAAGCGAUUCUUUUACGAUCCAUCUAAAGAGCACCGUGAACGAAACUCUUGCCUCACCACAUACACACUCCUCAACAUGAGUUCAUCACCAGUCAAAGUCCGCUCCCUGUACCGCAAGCUCUUGCGUCAGGGAAACCAAUUUGCCGCAUACAACUUCCGCGAGUACGCCGUCCGCCGCACAAAGGAUGCUUUCCGUCAGCACGUAGCCGAAUCAGACUCGAGUAAAAUCCAAGAGCUUUUGUCAAGGGGAAACACAGAGUUGCAGAUGUUGAAGAGACAAACCGUCGUCAGCCAGUUCUUCCAGCUAGACAAGCUGGUAGUCGAGGGAGGCAAGACAGGCAAGCAGACCGGCAACAAAGGCGAUAUCGUCAGACAGACCGAACACGGCUGGGAUUGAGCUUGUUUCUGUUCGGGAGUAGCGGAAGUGGAGUCACGGGUCAUAUGCUUUUCUAAAAUACCAAUCGCCCUGCUGGGCUGAACUGUAAACAUACGAUACGAUCAGUCGAGUCAACAUGGUCAUUCUACACAUAUACUGUGUGCCAGAGUUUGUCACAUCCACAGUUCUCUCUCAAACAAUGGUAGAUCAAACCCGACCUGUCGAAAUGCACAGUGACUUCCCAGACUGGACGAAUUUUUCAAUGUGAGUCUAUGGAAGAUCGCCGAGACAAGGAAUCUUGGUGGACCUCGCUGUGAUCCUGGAACAAGUUGUGACUCAAUUCAGAAGGAGCUAGUUUGUAUGUCAGCUCACCGCUUGCUGCUUACCUCUCCAUGUGUUAAAUGUAUAUAACGCUUGUAGUUGUCUCAAAGCAUAAUGAUAUCCUGAAUUGAAA